AUGGAAGCAGAGAUUGUGGAUCAGAGUCAAACUUUAACUAAAAAUUCUACAGCUUCCUUAUCUUCAAUAUUUGGUGAGAAAAGAUUUAAAUCGCUAUCAAAGAUUUUUAACGAAGCAGGACAAGAAAGUGUACAUAAUCCCCAUUUGAAAAGAGAAACUUCUUCCUUACUAGACGUAAGAGAUGGUCUUGAACCAAUGAUUAAGACGGCAACUACACAGAAUCAAAACUCAGAGGAAAGCGCACUAUAUGAUGAGAAUUUUGGUUCAUUAAGUAUGUCCUCGUCAAGGUCAUCUUUCCCAUUAUAUUUACCUUUUAUCUCUAGGCCAAGUCAAUUGAAAAGUUCCGAUACAAAUGAAGCUGACCUACACCCUAUUGAAGAACUAAGAAACAAAAUUGAAAGUCUCUUCGUUUCUGAGUUGAAAUCUAAUGAUGGAGCUCACUGUGACGGAUUAAUGGGUAAAACUGUAACAACUCAUGUCAAUAGAGCUCCAAGAGAACCUUCUGUUGAAGUACUAGCUACAGAACAAGAUAACACGCUUGUUUUGACCGAUGAAGAAUCUCUUUUCACUAAAUAUGGCGUCCCAACAAAGAGCAUUGGCGGAGGGAUGUCAGGUUCGGUAAAGCUACUUGAGAAGCCUGAGAGCUCAGACAUUUAUGCAAUGAAACAAUUCCGUAUGGCUUCCAAUUCCCAUAUUUUUGCAAAGAAAAUUAUAGACGAAUAUUCAAUAGCAUCCAUUUUACAUCAUAACAACAUAAUAAAGACCCUAGAUCUACUAGUUGAUUUUGAGAAAAAUGUGUUCAUUCAAGUAAUGGAGUUUGUCCCCUAUGAUUUCUUUGAUCUAGUGACAAAUGAAACACUGUCGUCAUCGGAAAAUUUAUGUUAUUUUAAGCAAAUGUGUGAAGCAAUCGGUUACCUACAUUCUAAUGGCAUUGCACAUAGAGAUUUGAAACUUGAAAAUUGUGUUGUAACUCCAACUGGUAUUCUCAAAUUACUUGAUUUUGGUUCUGCUGUCAUAUUCAAACGUCAUAAACAUGAUGAGCUAAUAAAAGCUAAAGGUAUAGUAGGCUCAGAUCCAUAUCUUUCCCCUGAAUUACUCAACUCUGGUAAUGAGUUCUAUGAUCCAAGGCCUGUAGAUAUUUGGUCAAUAGCAAUCAUUUACUAUUGUAUGAUUUGUAAAAAAUUUCCCUGGAAGGCACCUAAAGAAAGUUUCAAUAAUUUUAGACUUUUCAUUGAUGAUCCUGACGAUGAGGAUGAUGUUUCAAAGGGACCACAAAGAAUAUUAAGAGUGUUCCCGAAGGAGAUGACAGAGCUACUGGGAUCCAUGUUUGAACUGGAUCCUAAAAAGAGGAUAUCUAUUGAAAAAAUACUUGAAAAUGAAGUGGUCCGAAGUAUUGAAAGUUGUAGUGAGGACUCAAAUGGCAAGGCAUUGCCCAAACCAAUUUCUCACUCUCAUCAUUUUUACAACCUAUAA